UAUUCUGUAAAGCAAUGUGCUGUCUGUAGCCGGUCGCUGACGUUGUGUGUGGGCGGAGUACCGGUUUGCAGAGUGUGCUUCAGCGCUGGGAGCUGUCCAUACAUACAGGCACUUGUGUGUCUGUUACGUUUUAGUAUUCAUUAAAUUAGUAUUAAACUUUCCAGAACGUAAAACUGAUCAUUUAACCGGACGCAAAAUAACCACACCCAGAGACCGAUUUCAGUACCAAUCAUUGGCAAUUGACAACAAUCUAGUCUUCACCUUGGAUUCAGAAAUACCAUCCUGCUUUAGCUGAGGUGUGCUUUCGUUCGAAGAUUUUUUUUUUUUUUCUGGCAGUACGGUAAAGGAAAUAAAACAACUGCUCCUUUGCAAAAUGUUAUCUCGGUUGCAGAAAUGAAGAGCGCGUAGACCACCAUGACAAGUACUGAACUGAGAACUUCAGCAAAGAUGUCAAAGAGAAGCCGCGGGAAGGGGGAAAAGCCUGAGGCCCUGAUAGACGCCCUACAGUCUGCCAAUGAAGAACUGAGAACUAAACUGACAGAGAUUCAGAUUGAGCUCCAGCAAGAGAAAGGCAAGGUAGCCAAGCUGAGGGAGAAGCUGCAGGAGGCCAAGCAAAACCGAGAGCUGGAGCAGCACAAGCACACAGUCCUGGUGACGGACUUAAAGGCCAAACUCCACGAGGAGAAGAUGAAGGACCUGCAGGCAGUGCGGGAGGUCCUGAUCAAGCAGCACGAACAGGAGCUGACCCGCGUCAUCAAGAUCCGGGACAGCGAGCUCCACCGCAUGCAGUCCCUGGUCAACGUGCUGCGGGACGGGGCGGCCGACAAGGUGAAGACGGCCCUGCUGAGCGAGGCCCGGGAGGAGGCCCGUCGCACCUUCGACAGCGAGCGCACCAAACUGCAGCAGGAGAACCUGGAACUGAGGUCGGCCAAGAAGCAGGUAGAGGAGACUUUGAAUAACAUCAUGCAGGCGGAUAAAGCCAAAGCUGCCGACCUGAGGACGGCCUACCAGUCCCAUCAGGAGGAGACGAACCGGAUAAAGCGGGACUGCGAGAAGGACAUCCGCCGGCUGAUGGAUGAGAUCAAAAGCAAGGAAAGGAUGAUUCUGGCCUUGGAGAAGGAGCUUGGUGUUCAGGCCGGGUACUCUCAGAAGCUGCUUCUGCAGAAGGAGGCUCUGGAUGAGCAGCUGAUGCAGGUGAAGGAGGCUGAGCGACGUCACGGCAGCCCCAAGCGAGAGCUUCCUCCGGUGCUGGGAGACUCUGCAGACUUUAUACUGAGCCAGGAACAGCAGCUGGAUGACCGAGAUCUGCGGAGGUUUCAGUUGAAAAUCGCAGAACUGAAUGCAGUGAUUCGCAAACUGGAGGACAGGAAUACACUGCUGGCUGAUGAAAGGAACGAGCUGCUGAAGCGGGUUCGAGAGACGGAGAGUCAGAUGAAGCCGCUGUUUGAAAAGAGCAAGAGGCUGUCCAAGAAGAACGAAGACCUUCUGCAGUCUCUACAGCGCGUGGAGGAGAAGUUCAAGAAUCUGGCGCAGGAACAUGCUAAAAUGAAAGAAAAAUGUCACACGCAGACUCAAACUGCUCUGAGGAGACCAAGCUCUCUGAAUGAUCUGAACCAGACCCACGAGGAGCAGGAAGUGGAAUUCCUCAAGCUGCAGGUCAUAGAGCAGCAGAAUGUGAUAGAUGACUUAUCCAUGGAACGAGACAGACUAAUGAGAUGGAAGAAAACAACCAAAAGGAAAAACAUCAAGGUUCCAAAGAGGCUUGUUGUGGAGACAUAUUUUGGAUUUGAUGAAGAGUCAGUGGAUUCCGAGACCUCCUCCUUGACUUCCUACAACACAGACAGGACCCCGGCUACUCCAGAAGAAGACCUGGAUGAAGGUAUAUCGAGAGAAGAAUCCGAGCUGCGGUUUAGACAGCUGACGAGGGAGUACCAGGCGCUGCAGAGGGCUUACGCUCUGCUUCAGGAGCAAGUUGGGGGGACGCUGGAUGCUGAGCGGGAAGUUAGGACUCGUGAGCAGCUGCAGGCGGAUCUAAUAAGAUAUCAGGGGAAAAUAGAAGACCUUGAGAGAUCCCUGGCAGAAAGGGGGCAGGACUCCAAAUGGGUGGAGGAAAAACAACACCUCAUCAAAACAAACCAGGAGCUCUUAGAGAAGGUCGCAAAACUAGAGGGGGAUGAGGGCAUUCUGAGGGCCGAGAUGCAGGAUUCAAAGGACCAGAACGAACUGUUAGAGUUUCGAGUCCUUGAGCUUGAAGAACGGGAGCGCAGGUCACCGGCUUUUAAUCUUCAUAUUGGAGCCUUCUCUGAGAAUAACAGCAGUGCUCUCCAGCUCCACUGUCACCAAGAGGGGAUAAAGGAUGUUGUCAUUCCGGACCUCAUGAAGAAGCUUGAUAUCCUUGGAGAUAAUGGAAACCUCAGAAAUGAAGAACAAGUUGCAGUAAUACAGGCAGGGACUGUGCUGUCACUUUGUGAAAAGUGGUUAAAACAAAUUGACAGUACAGAGGCGGCAUUGACUCAGAAGAUGAUGGAUCUGGAGAAUGAGAAGGAGUUAUUCAGUAAACAGAAGGGCUAUCUGGAGGAAGAGCUGGAUUACAGGAAACAGACACUGGACCAGGCCGACAUGAAAAUCCAGGAGUUGGAGGCCACGCUGUAUAAUGCUCUGCAGCAGGACCCAGGCAACAGAGUGAGUGAGUCUUUGACAGAGAAGCAAAAGGAGGAGCUGGGAAUAGCGGUGGAAAAGCUGAGGAGACAGAUAUUGAGGCAGAGCCGAGAGUUUGACAGUCAAAUCUUACAGGAGCGCAUGGAGCUUUUGCAACAAGCGCAGCAGAGAAUAAGACUACUGGAAGACAAGAUAGAAAUCCAGAAAAGACAAAUUAAGGAAAUAGAAGAAAAGCUUUUAUUCUAUGGCCCUGAAGACACCAAGAACUCUAUAGUACAGACACUAACACGAGCUCGAGGGACAUGAAAAUGAGCUGAAUGUACAUUCAAGUACGACAAGAAGCAAUCAAUUGGAAAGUAAACCGAUAACACACAAAAUAUGGACUUGUAUCAUACAUUAAAUUUCAUACAUUAAGAUGUUAUUUAGCCUUUUUAUAAGAUAAGGUUUUUAUAUACUUUUGUAAUUUUAACAAGAAAAUAAACUUGUAAAAUAAGCUGAAUGACAUUGACAUUGACAAUUAUAAAACAAACUACCACAAAAUGUAGAAUAGUUUUCCUAAAUCCUGUGGCGAGGCAGAGUUUUUGUGUUGCCCAAAAUGAGCAAGCAAGACAAAUAAUAUGGACAGAAGGAAAAUACAAUACCUACAAACCUGCAAUUUUUUCAAAAAGAAUUUCCAAAACAAAAACUCGAUCCCAUACUUUUUAUAUUGUUUAACAGUAUUAAAAUGGAUGAAGCAUUCAAAAGAGAGCCAGAGACCCAGAAUGACUUAGAAAGCAAGGUGAAGGAAUACGAGUGAAUUCUUGCAGAAAAAAGCAGUGGAAUCCAGGAUUUUGAGAAAAAAAGUAGAGGAAUCAGAGCUUGUGAUAAACAGAUCUCAGUUCUACUGUGAUGCUCUUCAAGGUAGGCUAGAUUCGGCCAAGGAACUUGACCCCUCAGAUUCAUGCUGCAGUGAUGAGCUGGGCGGUAACCUCAACGAGUUGUGAGAAAGAGUAACAAGCUUGGAAGGACUUCUGAAACUUAAGGAAAUUGAAAAAGACCUGAAAAAUAGCAUUAAUGAACUGGAAAAAAAGUUAGCACUCCAAUGUGAGAAGGAAAGAACGCUUCUUCUGCGAUGUGCCAAAAUGGGGCAGCUAGUGAAGCAAAAGGAUGUUGAAAGAAGACUUCAGCAAAGGUACAGUCAGGUGGAGGAACAUCAGCAGCGGAGUGAAAAUUCAGAGGAAGAGCAUGAGGAGAAGAUUGAGAAGUUGAUCAGUGAAAUCACAGAGAAGUACAUUGUGCAAUCUCAGCUUGAAACAGCCAACAGUGAUCUGGUUAAACAUGUUCAUGAAAUCAAUGAACAAUGAGGCCAAAGUUGACCAGUUGAAGGAUGAACUAGAGCAGAAGGUCAACAGUGAGGUGAAACUCAACAAGCAGUGUAUACAGCUAGAGAAAGCCAUCAAGGACUGGGAGCUUCUGGAUGAGCAACAGAGAGAACAGUUUUCAAAAAGGAGGAAUAAGCUUAAGUGUACAAUUAAAAGUCUUAGAAAAGCACUUCAAGACAAAGAUACUGAUACUGAGCAAAAGGUUUCUUGUGCUUCAGCCAAUAAAUCGAGAAGAAAAAGUGAUACUUCGAGAGGAGCUGGGCAGAAUGGUGGAUUCUGAAAGAGACAAAGUUGGAACAUUCAUCAAGAUGAAAACCAAGUAUGAAAUGGAAACGAACCAGAAAGAUAGAAAUAUUGAUAAACUGACAGGCAAACUUGAUAACCUCAACGAGGAGAUGAGGGAAUUACAGGAGCAACUUAGACAGCAGGAGGAGUUGUAAAGAAAGUAUGAGAAAACAAAAGUGCUGCAAGACCUACUGAGGAGAAAGGCAACUCAAAAUGGGCAAGAUAAGAUUGCACGCAUGGAGAAGCUGUUGAGCAUGAGAGAUGAAUCUGUGCAAGAGCUCCAGUACAGGUUAGCCAGUCAACAACAUCUACUUAAGGAAAUGGAGGCGACCCAAAGAAGGUUAUCCUACUGCAACCUGGAGUUGGGCACCAAGCAGCGUGGGCUUAGUGACGAGAUUCAUAGGUGGAAGGUAAAGUGAACUCAGAGAGCCAAGUGCCAUGAAGGAUAAGGAAGUGGCAAGCUUAUUGGCUGAACUUUGGUUAACAUUGGAGUUUGAAAGCAGGGAGAAUGUUUUGCUGAAGGCGAGACAAAACCUAGAGGGACAACUAAAGAAAAAAAAUUAAGGAACUGGUUGAACUCUGAGGACAGUUAUCAAAAGCUGAAGCAACAGUUUUGAAUCAUUGGAAGAAAAGGAGUACAUGCUGAAACAAACAGAAGCUGCACUUCAGCUCGGCAAUAAAAUGCUUAACACCCAGCUGUCACAAAAGUGCCAUUUUGUGAUACUGUUAGAGACAACGAUAACCAAAGAACAACAGAUGUCCAACAGCAUGAAAAAUGAGUUGUGCAUUAAAGAUAUGAAUAUCAAAAGCAUGCAGGCAGUGCUGCAGUCAAGAAUAAAAGACUUGGAAGAGAUCAACACUUCCUGGUCUAUCCAGGACAUGGAAGAGGUGAGGAUUGAAAGGAGCCAAGUGCCUGAAAUCCAGCUGGGUCACCAGGGGCUCCAGGUCCUCGAUCAGUGGGUGAAGGAUUUGGAGCACAGUCUCCGAGACAAAGCCAGCAGCUUCAUGGAGUCAGAGGCAGCACUUAGAAAGAGGAACUAGACCAGAGCUAGAUGCUGAUGGGUCCUAAUGUAUGGCUGCUGUGGAUUCACUCAUCGGAAUAAAAGAACUGGAGAUGUCUGAGAAGAACCUCCUAGUUAAGAUAGAUGACUUCAAAGUUACAGCUACCCGUUACCACCGGACCACGGCAAAAACAGAAACGUCAUCAUCUACACGAGGAGAUAAGAGCAAUGCAUUGGUUCAGCAGUAUGGAAGUACAAACCUGUGUGCUUGUGAGGUUUUGCUGGAGCCGACGCUUAUCCUGUUCUUGGAAAACAACUCGUUUGCCUUUGCAGAUGUCAUGCAAGCUGUCUGGUGUGGGGAUUUA